AUGCCGACAGUGUCGUCGCUGCGGGUGUAUCCUGUGAAAGGCUGCAAAGGAAUCUUGAUUGACCAGGGGGUAGUGACUGAGACAGGCUUUGCUUAUGACCGGCACUGGCUCUGUGUCACCGCCGACUCUGGCCGCUUCUACUCACAGAGGAAUGAAGCUCGGUUGGCAUUGGUGGAGCAAGUGCCGUUGGUACCUCACAGCAACGGAUCAGAGCCGGAGGAGAGGCAGGUGGUCUGCUGGGAAUGGAAAGGGAUUGCUCGGGACGAGGGAGCAGAAGCAAAUGCCUGGUUCACAGAGUACCUCGGCAAGCCCUCACAACUUGUGCGCUUCCUUGGCAGGCCCGGAACAAACGAUGCGGCGGCUGACCGGUCCAAGAAACGGAGGCCGGCGGUGCCUCCCGGAUGGGGUGCAGUCCCCGGCCAUGAGAUUGCCUUCAGUGACCGCCUGCCCUUCUUGCUCACCACUGAGGCAUCUCUACGAGGGCUGAACGAGGCUCUGGGCAAGGGCGAAGCCGUGCCCAUGGAGCGUUUCAGGCCAAACAUAGUGGUCAGUGACACUGGAGAGCCCUUCUCAGAGGAUGCCUGGGAGGCCUUCACUGUGCAAGGACCGGGCCAUGCGCCUUGCAAGUUCAGAACUGUCGUGCCAUGCGAUCGCUGCAAGGUGACCACAACAAAUCAGGAGACCCUCAAAGUGGGCAAGGAGCCUCUGCAGACACUGGCCAAGAUCAGGUCUCUCGAGCAGCUGUCAUUCAUACCCAAGGAGCGUUUCCCCAGCCAUGCUGUCUUCUUCGGUUGGCUGUGUGUUGCCAUGGGGCAAGGUACAGUGAAGGUCGGCGAUGAGGUUCUGGCUUCCCUCAGGGAUGGACCAAUUGAGUGA